AUGAGAAAUCAGACAGUUUUAACAACCUUCAUCCUGCGGGGACUGACAGACAACCCAAAACUCCAAGUUCUGCUUUUUGUGUUUUUGUUUCUCGCCUACUUGUUCAGUGUGGCUGGAAACCUCACCAUCAACCUCACACUUCUGGAUUCUCACCUUAAAACCCCCAUGUAUUUUUUUCUCCGAAAUUUCUCUUUCUUAGAAGUCUUGUUCACCACAGUCUGCAUUCCCAGAUUCCUGUACACAAUGACAACUGGAGAUAAUACCGUGACCUACAACGCUUGUGCCACCCAAUUAUUUUUUGUGGUCCUCCUAGGGGCCACAGAGUUUUUCCUGCUGGCCGCCAUGUCCUAUGACCGCUACGUGGCCAUCUGCAAGCCCCUGCACUACACGACCAUCAUGAACACCAGGGGCUACCUCAUCCUUGUCCUCUGCUCUUGGCUCGCUGGCCUCUUAAUUGUCCUCCCACCUCUCAGCAUGGGCCUCCAGCUGGAAUUCUGUGCCUCGAAUGUGAUCGAUCAUUUUGGCUGUGACGCAUCUCCCAUUCUACAGAUAACUUGCUCUGACACGGUGUUAAUUGAGAAAGUCGUCUUGAGUUUGGCCAUACUGACCCUCAUGAUUACCCUAGGGUGUGUAGUGCUUUCCUAUGCAUGCAUCCUCAAGACCAUUCUAGAGUUCCCCUCUGCUCAGCAAAGGAAGAAGGCCUUUUCCACCUGCUCCUCCCACAUGAUUGUGGUCUCCAUCUCCUAUGGCAGCUGCAUCUUCAUCUACAUCAAACCUUCAGCAAAGGAAGGAGUGGCCAUGAAUAAGGUGGUGUCAGUCCUCAUAACUUCAGUUGCCCCUUUGCUUAACCCAUUCAUUUAUGCGCUUCGAAACAAACAAGUGAAGGAAGCCUUUCAGAUCACUGUGAAAAGGAUCGCCUUUCUCACCAACAGGUGA